GUGCAGAAGAUGCAUCUUGCCAACCACCUGCUCCUCCUUCUGGUCGGACUGCUGGUCCUUUCUCAUGGGCAGCUGUACCCUGAGCACUAUAGCCAGGGUCACACUGGCAGCCCCCAUCAGGAGGCUCUAAGCACAGGUGAGGGCUCCCCCAGCCUCAAGAUUGCCCCAGGGAAUACAGCCUUUGCUCUCCACUUCUACCACCUGAUGGCUUCCCAAAGUCCUGGCAGCAACAUCUUCUUUUCCCCACUGAGCAUCUCUGCCUCCUAUGCCAUGCUGUCCCUGGGGGCCCGCUCACACAGCCAGACCCAGAUCCUUGAGGGUCUGGGCUUCAACCUCACGGAGCUGUCCGAGCGCGACAUCCACCAGGGCUUCCAGCACCUCCUGCACACUCUCCAGCUCCCGGGUGACGGGCUGGAGAUGCACAUAGGCAGUGCCCUGUUCCUGAGCCAGGACCUGCUGAUCCUUCCGGAAUUUCUUAACGACAGUGUGGCCUUCUAUGAAUCCAAACUCUUCCUCACCAACUUCCACAACUCUGUGGGCACCACCCAGCUCAUCAAUGACCACGUCAAGGAGGAAACUCAAGGGAAAAUUGUGGAUUUGGUCAGCCACCUGAGCACAGACAUCACAAUGGUGCUGGUGAAUUACAUUUACUUCAAAGCUCUGUGGGAGAAACCAUUCAUUCCCUCGAUGACCACUUCCCAAGACUUCUAUGUUGAUGAGACUACAGUAGUCAAGGUGCCUAUGAUGCUGCAGGACACGCAGCACCACUGGUAUCUUCACGACAGAUUCUUGCCCUGCUCGGUGCUGCGGAUGGAUUACCAAGGAAACAUGACGGCCUUUUUCAUCCUUCCUGAUCAAGGGAAAAUGAAGCAGGUGGAGGAGGUCUUGACUCCAGAGAUGUUAACAAGGUGGAAGAACUUGCUUCAGAAGAGGUAUUUUUAUAAGAAGCUCAAGCUGCAUUUCCCCAAGUUCUCCAUUUCUGGCACCUAUCAAUUAGAUCAGAUUUUGCCCAAGAUGGGCUUCAUGGACCUGUUCUCGAAGCAGGUUGACCUGUCUGGCAUCACCAAAGAGCGAAAACUGCAGGUGUCCAAGAGUUUCCACAAAGCCAUUCUGGAGGUGGAUGAGGUUGGCACCCAGGCGGCAGCGGCCACUGGCAGCUUUAUCACCUUUAUGUCUGCCCAGCACAAUCGCAGAGUCCUUCGGUUCAACCGGCCCUUCUUCGUGGCGAUCUUUUCCACCAACACCCAGAGCAUCCUUUUCCUGGGCAAGGUUGUCAACCCCACGAAGCCAUAGCCCUCCCAGAGCUGGCUCUCUGUUACAAGCAGGAAGGUGUGGCCUGGGGGUCUCAGUGUGAGCAGCUCCAUGUUCAGAAUGGGGGACACAGAAGAUCCUGAGAGUCCAGGGCAGAAGCUGUUGGCGAGGGAGAGGGAUGUGGGUGGUGUGAGAUACGUGUGAACUGGACACCCAGCUCCUCAGGGCAGAUCAUCUCACCGCUUUGAGCACCACCCUGGAAGGUGGGAGAAACCCUGCCAGGUGGUUGAAGGGAUUAAACACAAUGAUGGCUAUGAGGAGCUUGGUUUGGUGCCUUGCACAUAGUAGGUACUCAAUAAAUGUAUCCCUAU